AUGGAAACAUGGAAAGUUGUAGCUCUUGUUCAAAUUGCUUUAUUUACAAUAAUUUUAUUUUUUACUCUUAUUUAUUCAAUAUCAAUUUUAUUUAUUCAUCAUCGAAAUAAUAUAUUAAUAUUGAAUAUAUGUAUAACAGCAACUAUUACUUGUAUUUAUUUUAUAAUUUAUUUUAUUUUAUAUAUUUUUAAUCAAAAUCUUCUAUUUACUGAACAUUGGUGUCAUAUUUUAUUGUAUGCAUAUAAUAUAUCGAGUAUUGGAAUACCAUUUUCUUUUGUUGCUAUAUCUGUUCAUCGAUAUUUUUCCAUCAUCUAUCAUACAAAACGAUUUUUUAAAACAAAACAAUGGAUAAUAAUUUGUAUUUCAAGUCAAUGGAUAACUGAACUCAUUAUUUCAUUACCAUUUCUUCUUAGAAAAGGACAGGUUUCUAUAAGAAAAUUAUUUUGA